GAGUUGAAGACGCGUUCAACCGCCGAACGCGAAGUCUGGGAGCAGAAGUUUCGAGCCAACCUGGAGGGGGAACUUGCUACGCGCGAACGCGAAAUCUCAGAAAAGCUGCGGAAGGAUCGUGACAAACAGCUGGAAAUGGUAAUACGAAAUUUGGAGGCUGAGGCGACAGCGGCUCAAGAGGCAGCCGAGAACGCAACAAACGGAAAGCUAAACCGCAAGUUAAAACUUUGA